UUCACUAGGGCUCUUCUCAUUUGCACGACGAUCGAUGAUAGAAAUCUUGCUCGUUCUUGCUAGAACGAUCGCUCAAUUCGAAAGAAAUUUAUGGUUCUUGGCAAGCUGCUGGAAUUCUAGAGCACUAUCGCUGGGUAUAGUCAUGAAUAGAGAUCUUGCUUUCUUGCUGGGGGAGGAAUUCUAGAGCGCGAUCGCUUGGUAUGGUCAAUUGCAGCGAAGUCACGAUUAUCAAUCCAGAUUCAAGCAAUUGGUGGAAGAUUUGGCGGAUUGCCCAAUGAAAGAAAUUUAGGGCUCUUGGCACAAGGUAGCUCGCUCUAGCAAUGCCGGCGUUCAAGGCGGCCUUCAAUGGCUACUCGGUGGAAUUCAGCCCCUUCUCCGAGACGCUUCUGGCGGUGGCGACGUCGCAGAAUUUCGGGAUCAUCGGCAACGGCCGCCAGUACGUUCUCCAGCUCCAUCCCUCGGGCGGCAUCGCGGAGCUGUGCAGCUUCGACACCGCCGACGGCCUCUACGAUUGCACCUGGGCCGAGGACAACGAGCACAUCCUCGUCUCCGCCAGCGCCGACGGCAGCGUCAAGGUCUGGGACACGGCCCUCCCCCGCCACGCCAAUCCCAUCCGCAGCUUCGAGGAGCACGGCCACGAGGUCAACUCGGUCGACUGGAAUCUCGUCCGCAAGGACUGCUUCCUCAGCUCCGCCUGGGACGACACCGCCAAGCUGUGGGCGAUCGACGCGCCGCGAUCGCUCCGGACGUUCGCGGAGCACUCGUACUGCGUCUACACGGCGGUGUGGAAUCCGCGCCACGCCGAUGUGUUCCUGACGGCCUCCGGGGAUUGCACGCUCCGGGUGUGGGACGUGAGAGAUCCUCACGCAUCGCUCGUCAUCCCGGGGCACCAGCUCGAGAUCUUGGCGUGCGACUGGAGCAAGUAUAACGAGUGCGUGCUCGUCUCUGGAUCGGUGGACAAGACGAUCAAAGUUUGGGACGUGAGGAAUCCCCGGCGGGAGAUGAGCUCUCUCCAGGGGCACGGCUACGCUGUGAGGAGGGUCAAGUUCUCGCCACACCACGCCAGCGUCAUAGCUUCGUGCUCUUACGAUAUGACGGUGUGUAUGUGGGACUACAUGGCUCCAGAGGACGCGCUGCUCGCGCGGUAUGACCAUCACACCGAGUUUGCGAUUGGGAUCGACAUGAGUCCUCACGUCGAGGGAUUGCUGGCGAGCACCGCCUGGGACGAGACUGUCUACGUGUGGCAGCAUGGAAUGGAUCCUCGAGCUUGAAGCCAAGUUCUUCUUCUUCUGGGUAAGGGAACUUUAGCUCCUCUUGAGAAUGUUUCUAGUGAUUCAAGUGUCUUGAUCCAACAUCGCCCAUCUCCGAGUUGAAGGUAUCAUUAUCUCCAGCUUCUUCUCGAGAAACCAAAGGCUAGUUUGAUGUUUCUAGCGCCUUAGUAACAACCUCUGCUUGCAGUUUCUACACCUAGGAUCAAAGAUGUCUAGACGAGGGAGGAUCAAAGUGGCA